UAGAAGAUCUUGGACUUGUCUCUGAUCCAGAAUAUGUAUCCUUUAUGAAGGAACAUCUAGAUCAAGAUUCUAUGGGAAUAAUUCUUCUGCAGAACUUUCUGAAAGAGUUCUUUCCUGGGGAGGAUUCAUUUGCAGAUGAGGUUAAGCCAUUUAAAGCUUUCCAUUACAAUGGACUUGGCAUAAGAGAGGAAGAUGGAACUAAAAAAGUUAUGUAUACAGAAGUACUUGCUUCAAUAGAGCCAUCGGACUUCAGUCACAUAGCAGAACAACAGAUUGUAUCUUGUCUGAAGACCAAGUGGUCAGGAAUAUGGUUAGAAUGGCAGGGAAAACACAUACCAUCAUUAAAUUGAGGAGAGCUGGAACUACAUUUGGAAGAACUCUACCAUGAGACAAGUCACAUGUGUUAGCAUUUUCAGAAAUAAUAUUAUAUAAAAAUCAAUGUUGCAAGCAAGACAAACUGCUUCAUGACAGAUUAAUCACAUCACCUAUGCAAUGUAGUGCGCAAUACACAGUUACUUGUUAUAGUUGCACUUUUCUUUAAAUCUGGACGUCCACUUUAUACAGCACUGAGGUGGGUGCAAAGAGAGUUGUGUCCAAUACCCUGGUGCUACUAAAUUUUGCAGUCAGUCCAGUGGAUUCUGUCCCUCACUUGCUCAACAGGCUAAGUGCAGUUUCUUGGCAGAAUUCAAAGUAAAGAUUAAAGUAAUGUAAGACAUGGAAUUUUUGCGGCUAGUUGACAAUGACUUUUGGGCUAAUACAUCAUAGUCCUGUUACAGCAUGCCCAAAGGGGAAGCCAGAAAAUUGUUUUCUUUUGUACCCUGUACUGACACCUUGUUUUAUCAUAUAAAAACAAUUGUUUUACUGGAAACUACACCACUUGUAAAAUUCAUAUGAAACUACAUUCACGACCUGUGUGGAAUAUUUUCCAUGUCCUCAUUAGUGAUAUUAUUCCCCACCUUUUUGCGGUUGUUUGCACAAAGGAUCAGUUUUUCCAAAUAAUAAAAGGAAAAUUACAUGGUGGCCUGAAGAUCUGGUUUUUAUUUUCUCAUGUUAAAAUUUAAAA